CGAAGUAAAAAGGCGCUUAAGGUUCUACCCUAUAAGGGUGGUGGCGGCGCUUAACGCAACUGCAAACAGGAAACACCUAACAGGAGAUAAUGGCUGCCAAUAUUUGUCCCACUCCACUAGUUAUAGCCACUCCAAGCUCCACGUCAAGUUUCUCUGACCAAAGCGAGCUGAAAAGGAUUGCCAAAGACUCGUAUCAAGUUGGGUCUUUUAAGAUCUGCAAAACCAUGAAGGAAGUCGAGCAAUUACACUGUCGCAUUACCAAACAAGGACUCACCCACAGCCUUUCUACCAUGACCCAGCUUAUAACCAAAUGCGUCGAAAUGGGUUCUCUUGAGACCUUGAAUUACGCCCGAAAGGCCUUCGAUCUUUUCAAGGAAGAUAAUGAAACAACUGGAACUUUGUUCAUGUACAAUUCAUUGAUAAGAGGUUACGCAUUUGCUGGAAUAUGCAAUGAAGCUAUCUUGCUUUACGUUCAAAUGAUGGACCUUGGCAUUUUGCCUGACAAAUUUACCUUCCCAUUUUUGUUAAGCGCGUGUGCGAAGGGUGCCACAUAUUCUGUGGGAAUUCAGAUCCAUGGAUCGGUUAUAAGUAUGGGUUUGGACGGAGACGUGUUUAUACAGAAUUCUUUGAUACACUUUUACGCAGAAUGUGGAGAAACUGACAGCGCCCGCAAGAUAUUUGAUGAAAUGCUCAACAGAAAUGUUGUCUCGUGGACCAGUUUAAUUUGCGGUUACGCAAGGAGGGAUUGUCCACAGGACGCUAUUGCUUUAUUUUUUAAGAUGGUGGAAAGUGGUGUUGCACCCAAUUCGGUUACGAUGGUUUGUGUGAUAUCUGCUUGUGCAAAGUUGCAGGAUCUUGAGCUGGGUGAGAGGGUUAGUUCUUAUAUUGGUGAAGCUGGAUUGAAGGUUAAUACGCUCAUGGUGAAUGCACUUGUUGAUAUGUACAUGAAAUGCGGGGCUAAUGAUACUGCAAAACGGCUUUUUGAUGAAUGUUUAGAUAGAAAUUUGGUUCUUUAUAAUACAAUAAUGUCUAACUAUGUGCGCCAGGGGCUGGCAAGAGAAGCCCUUGCUAUCUUGGAUGAAAUGCUGCAGCAGAACAUGCGACCUGACAGAGUUACAAUGCUAAGUGCAGUCUCAGCAUGUUCACAGUUAGGAAAUAUUAUACAGGGCAAAUGUUGCCAUGGUUAUUUUUUGAGGAAUGGACUUGAAUGUUGGGAUAGCAUUUGCAAUGCCAUAAUUGACAUGUACAUGAAGUGUGGCAAACAAGAAAUGGCAUGUAAAGUUUUUGAUUGCAUGUCAAACAAGACUGUGGUAUCAUGGAACUCGCUAAUUGCAGGUUUUACUGAAAAUGGUGAUGUAGAUUCAGCUAUGAGAAUUUUCAAUGAGAUGCCUGAGACUGAUCUUGUGUCUUGGAACACCCUUAUUGGUGCUUUUGUUCAAGAAAGCAUGUUCAAUGAAGCGAUUGAG